AUGAAAGAGACUAUCAAAAACACAUCCAGGCCACCGCAAGGGGCUGAUGCGAAGGAUUUAGGCGAGGUCAUUGAUAUUGAUGAGGCCAUUAUUCGUGCUCAAGGCUGCACAUCCGAGCUCCAGCGUUCGUUCUCCUGGGUUGGUGCUCUGGGUCUCGCUUUUAGUAUUGUGAAUUCCUGGUUGACAUACGCCGCCUGCUUCGGAGUGGCUUUCACAUAUGGCGGAGGCUCUGUUGCUGUGUUCAGUCCGCUGUUGUCGGGCAUGGUGCAGUGGAUUGUGCUUACUGGGGUCUCGGAGUUGGUCUUAGCUUUCCUAUCCUCGGGGUUCUGCCGCAACUUCGUCGCAUAUACUGUCGGGAUGAUUAAUGUUGUAGUCUGGUGGGUAAACACGGCAUCAGACGCGAUCUAUAUAGCUAUAUCUGUUUUUAGAAUUUAUCUGGUGUCUCAACGCCAGAUCGACCGCUUGACCGAAUCUUUUAUGUUUUUUUUUUUAACUGGGUUCGUGAUAGUAGUUAUCGUCUGUCUUAUUAUGGAAAGAGGGUUAUACUAUUCCGAAAGGCUUACUAAUUACCGGUCUACCAGCGGCUGGGGGGCCGGACCCGGAUGGCUGCUCGGGAUAGAUAAUGGUGAAUAUGUCUUUGCAGCUGCUGGGGCCUUGAUUAAUUUAACUAUUCUUAUCGGUUUAUUAACACUUGUGCCCUGGAUUAUCGCAAUAAUCUGUGUCAUCCAGGAUAUGAACGCGAAUAGACUCCCCUUCUCAAAAUACUGGUCGGUAGUAGACGAGAAACUUGGCAUCCCCAUCCGAACUAUUCUUUUCUCCGCCGGCUUCUGCACUAUCUACGGACUUCUUUACAUCGCCAGCAUACAAGCCUUUAACUCGAAUAUUAAUACUGCAGUCCUAAUGCUCAACAUCACCUACGUGGUCCCGCAGGGGAUUCUAGCGAUCCGCGGUCGGACUAGGCUGCCGGCGCGAUACUAUAAUUUUAGCCCCUGGAAAUACGGAGUCAACGUCUUUUCUGUACUCUGGGUAAUUCUCAAUAGGAUCUUCUUCUAUAUCCCGACGAGUAAUCCACCGACGCUGAAGAAUAUGAAUUAUAACUCAGUAAUUCUGACUGGGAUUUUUGGCAUCGUCAUGCUGUGCUGGUUCGAGCGGCGGGGGAAGUUUUCCGGGCCGAAUAUCAACUAG